UUAGCCUGAGAGCCUGUGGCAGCUGUCGGCAGGAAGGAACUGGUCCGGUCACCCCCGCUGGGUUCGUGCCUCUGACUCUCAGGAGAGACACCCGGAGCUGCUCCAACUGGCUUUGCCUCUGGACUUGUGGUGAAAGGCCUUCCUGCGAACGCUGAGUGUUCAUCCUCGGCACUUGGACUCCACAGCCUCCAGGAGCAGAUCCCCACAGCCUUCCAGGGCCCAGACCCCGGCAGACGCUGAGCCAUGGCUUCCAUGGGGCUGCAGGUGAUGGGGAUCGCGCUGGCCGUGCUGGGCUGGCUAGGCGCCAUACUCAGCUGCGCGCUGCCCAUGUGGCGCGUGACGGCCUUCAUCGGCAGCAACAUCGUCACGUCGCAGACCAUCUGGGAGGGCCUGUGGAUGAACUGCGUGGUCCAGAGCACCGGCCAGAUGCAGUGCAAGGUGUACGACUCGCUGCUGGCGCUGCCGCAGGACCUGCAGGCGGCCCGCGCCCUCAUCGUCAUCUGCAUCAUCUUGGCCGUGUUCGGCGUGCUGCUGUCGGUGGUGGGCGGCAAGUGCACCAACUGCGUGGAGGAUGACAGCGCCAAAGCCAAGACCAUGAUUGUGGCCGGCGUGGUGUUCCUGCUGGCCGGCCUGCUGGUGAUGGUGCCCGUGUCCUGGACGGCCCACAAUAUUAUCCGCGACUUCUACAACCCCCUGGUGGCCUCGGGCCAGAAGCGGGAGAUGGGCGCCUCGCUCUACGUCGGCUGGGCCGCCUCUGGGCUGCUGCUGCUUGGUGGGGCCCUGCUGUGCUGCACCUGCGCACCCCGCGCCGACAAGCCCUACUCUGCCAAGUACUCUGCCGCCCGCUCCGCCCCAGCCAGCAACUACGUGUAAGGCGCUACCGCGGACUCUUUUCCUUUCGGCUUUGUUUCUCCCUGGACUGAGCUUACGGUGACCCCAGGAUGGCCCUGCCAGAGGCUGCAGGGGACCGGGGAAGCAGGGACAGAGCCAGGCUGUUGGCCGGCAGCCCUCAGCCCCUUCCGGCCCUCUCGGACACUUUCUCAAGGUCACCACCGACACCAGCAAGGAUGGAUGGAGAGAGACUUCUGUACCACUCUCCUCGGAACGGCUGUGGAUAUGGGGGCUGGCUCCUGCUGGCCGGGACAGCUCAGCCCCAACUUUGCUUGGGCUCUGCCUCCGAGUGGGUAUUCAGCGGACCAUGAGACCAUGCCCGCAUUGACCGGUGUCUCCUUCUUUGAUCUUCCCCACUCCCUCUGCCAGCAUCCUCGGGGUGGGUCAGCAAGCUUUUGGGCCCAACCUUGCCCACAGAAACCUGCGGCCAUGAGAACAGCUGCCUUGCUCACCCACCUGCCCUUGGAGCGUAGUUGCGGAGCACAGAGUGGACAGACAGGUUUAGAGGGGAGGGGCGGAGGUGCUACAAACUGGUUUGGGUAGUGGUGGGGGAGGGGGCCAGAGAGAUGGCCCAGGCUGCCCCCACCCCUUCCAGCCCCCACCCUGUGGUCUCGGCCGAAGGACCCCGGGCCCCUUGAGACUGGCCACCUCUGGAUCUUCCGCCCCUGCCAAGGUCAUUGGCCAGCCUGGAGAGGGCAGGGGGAACGCUCUUCCUCUGGCUCUCACCCCAGGGAGUCCUGGGGCUUUCCCCGGCCUCCUAUGUGGUUUCUGUUUUGUAAUUUAAACUAUUUGUCACGGUAACUGCUAUUAUUUUCUACAAUAAAUGGGACCUGUGCACAGGAA